AUGCGCGGAGGGGCGGGGCGGCGCGGCCGUGGGGGGGGCCUUAAAGGGGCAACGCCCCCUGCCCGGGAGGGCCAGCGGCGCCGAGCGGGCCGCCAUGGAGCUGGGCGCCGCCAUGGAGCUGGGGGCCGAGAUCGAGGUGCUGGAAGGGGCCCCCGAGGGGCUGCCCGUCACCCUGGAGAACGCCCGGAACUGCCUCUGCCUCGAGGGGCUGCCGGAGUCGAGCAGCGACGACGAGGGGGAGCCGCGGCCCCGCCCCCGCCCCCGCCCGGUGCCCCCCCCGCCGCCGCCGCCGCCCCCCCCCGGCCGCCCCCCCGGCCCCGCUGCCCCCUCUGCGGCAAGCGCUUCGCCCGCGCCGCCCGCCUGGCCCGCCACGCUGCCUGGCACGCCCGCCGCCCCCCCGCCCCCCCGGGAGAGGGAGAAACCCCCGGCAACGCCGCCGAAGCAGCCAGCCACCCCCCCGCGGUCGCCACGGAAACGCCCGGAAACCUGUCACCUGCGGCCACGGAAACAUCCGGAAACCUGUCGCCCGCCACCACAGAAACACCUGGAAACGUGUCACCUGUCACCGCGGAAACAUCCGGAAACCUGUUGCCAACCGCCGCGGAAACAUCCGGAGACCUGUUGCCUGUUGUCACGGAAAUAUCCGGAAACCUGUCGGCUGUUGACGCGGAAGUUUCCGGCUACCCACACUGCACCGCGGCGGAAGUUUCCGGCUACCCGCAGCUGACGGUGGCGGAAGUUUCCGGCUACCCACAAUGCACCGUGGCGGAAAUUUCCGGCUACCCACAAUGCACCGUGGCGGAAGUUUCCGGUUACCCCUGCGACGCCGUGGUGGAAGUUUCCGGCUACCCACAAUGCACCGUGGCGGAAGUUUCCGGUUACCCCUGUGACACCGUAGUGGAGGUGUCGAGCUACCCACAAUCCACCGCGGCGGAAGUUUCCGGCUACCCGCACGCCGCAAUGGCGGAAGUUUCCGGCUACCGUCAACCAACCGCGGCGGACGUUUCCGGCUACCCACGAUGCAGCGGGGCGGACGUUUCCGGGGGCGGCUCGGGGCCCGGCCCCCCCCCGGUGCUGCUGCGGCUGGUGGCGCUGGCGGAGCUGGAGCUGGCGCCCGCCGGCCCCCCCGGCCCCCCCGGCCCCGUCCUGCUGCUGGAGCUGGCGCCCGAGGGGGCCCCCCGGCCCCCCCCCGGCCCCCCCCGGCCCAUUAAAGCGCUGAGCCCCCCCCCCGGCCUCUUUCGGCGCCGCUUCGGGGGGAAACGCUGCGGUUUUGGGUAAAAAGAGACGCUGGGAA